UUGUUGUUUUUCCGGUCAUGAAAUGGUCCAUGCAUUUAUUAUUCACACUCUUAUUCCCGGUUCUACGAAACUACUUUACCAUCAAAUAUAUACCGAAGAUAGUCAUUUAAGUCGAAUUUCAGACAGUGGUUUCAUUGCAGAAAGGAAACGGUGUUUAGUAGAAUGUGCUGCACAGGUCCAUUCAGAAUAUCAAUUCAGAAGAGCAGUACUUGGACGAUCAGUGGAAGAUGAUGUACAAAGAAUUCACAAUGAAGAUACAUUACCCGAGUUUGAAUUAGGAUACACACGAUUAGAAAAGGACUGUCCAUUCAAUACAGAGAAAAUUGCCGUUUGGUUAGGUGCAGGAUAUACUUGUUUUACAUUGAUUUGUGAAAAGACUGAAAACAGAAUGUUGGCGGAGACGGUGCUAAAGGCAUUAAUCCGAUUUUUACAACAACAUGUCGGUUUAUUGACUUCGCCAACAGAAGCCUGUACAAAACCAGAAAGAAUAUCAGUGAUUUUGGACAAGUUUUUACCUCAAGGAAACUUACUUUUCAUGAACCAUAGAGUUAUCAGGCAGCUUGAAAAAGAAACAGAGAGCAUUAUGAAACAAUAAACCCGUUAAUAAAAUA